AAAUGAUUUCCCUUUCCUCUCCUGAUAAUGCACAUAAAAAUCUCCUCGCCGAGGGUUGCGAUGAAGAUGACGGCGGCGACAAGGACUGCAAGAAAAAAGGCGAUGGCGCGAGGAAGAAGACGACGACGCAAGGAGAAGACGCCGGUGCUUGAAGGAAGAAAGCGCUGGCCGAGCGGGAGGAAGACGACGACGACGGCGACGGCAAGGAGAAGAAGGUUGUUGAGGGAUAUUGGACAAAGGCAAGAACUAAAACAACAGCAAAGAGACCACGAAUAGGAGAAGGACCAUUCCAACCUUGUCGUGACAUGAUCGAAACGUGGGGGCUCGGAGGGACAUGAUCAAAAAGAUUAUAGGGAGUUUGUCGAAAAACAACUUUGUCGGAUUUUAGAUUAUGGGAUUGCCGAGUUGGAAU